AUGCCUAGCUGGUCCAACACUCCAAAAGGCACGAUGGCCGCCGCAGUGCUCACCAAUCCUGGCCAGGCCGAUCCUUCUGACUGCUUCACCUACGUUACAGACUAUCCAAAGCCAUCACUGCCCUCAGAGGACUGGGUGUUGAUACGGGUGCGUGCAGCGGGAUUGAACCGCGCAGAACUGCGAGCUCGCAACGUUGAGCAUGUAUCACCACUGGAGUUUGGCAUGUUCAUAGACGAAUUCCACACUGAUGCUCCGAAGGUUAUGGGAGAGGAAUAUGUAGGUGAGGUGGAGGAAGCGGGCUCUAGCUCCGGCUUCAAGAAAGGCGAGGUAGUGUGUGGAUGGGCAUACGGCGGCGGUAAGCCAUACGAUGGAGCUUACGCUGAAUACACGAUUGCCCACAAGAAACGCUGCUGGAGGCUUCCUGAUACGGCUCGAGAAAUACCGUGGGAGGUACUGGGUGCCGUCCCAAUGGGCCUUUGGACGGCAUAUGGCGCGAUCUUCAGUGCUGGGGAGACCAAACCCGGCUCUACCGUACUCGUUCACGGUGGGACGAGCAGUGUCGGUAUCUGGGCGAUUCUGGUUGCCAAAGACAAAGGGUGCACAGUCAUCGCAACCACACGGCAGGCAAGUAAGGUGAAAAGACUCAAAGACGCCGGUGCGGACCACGUCAUACUCGAAGAGGAUAUCCAGAAGUCUCUCGAUGAGGUCUACCGUAUUGCACCAAAGGGCGUCAAUACAGUGGUUGAGAUCGUCGGCAUCAAUCAUCUCAAGAAAGUCUCGAUGCCCGCCUUAGCCGUCCACGGUACAUGCGUCUUGAUGGGGGUCCUUGAUAAGGGUUGGGCUCUUCCAGAAUUCGAUUCCACUUACAUCCCGAUCACACGCAAGCUUACCACCUACACGACUAUGGAGGAAGACUAUGAGCCGUCGACCCGUGUGCUGGCCGAGACUAUGGAAAAGAUCAGGAGUGGCGUCUACAAGCCAGAAGUCUUCCUCGACAAGGCGUUUCAUCUCAAGGAUAUUGGCAAGGCGCACCAAUAUAUGGAAGACAACAAGGCUGUUGGGAAGAUUGUUGUCACCGUGUAA